UCAAAGAGAUGGGCUGGCUGCGUGGAGGGACAACCGAACACUGUGGCCAUGGCGGACGAACCCUAGUCUACAGGCACGAGCGCCUAGGGUUUUUCCUGGAGGAAUGGGGGCGGGCAGGCGCGGCGGAUCGCGGCGAGAGCUAGCGAGGUACGAUUGAUGCCCGCAUUGUCGAUGACGCCGCCGCUCGGAUUCGCCGUGAGCUGCUGCUCGAUUCCAGAUUCGUGUUGCCGGCCUAUGAGCUGAAAGGAGCAGUGGUAGCGGCGGGAAGAACCAUGGGGCAGAUUAUCGACGAGGAAUCGCCUUACAGCCACAGCCCAGCUCAUUGGGCUGUUGCCCGGGGCGAUCACGCGCUGCUUCGACGGAUUCUCAAUGGGCUUCCAAAUCUCCCCAAGGCUGGAGAGGUGAAGCUCGAGGCAGAGUCACUGCGAGCGGAGGAGAAAGCCGAGGUGCUCUCUUCGGUGAUCGAUAGGCGCGAUGUGCCAGGGAAGGAGACGCCACUUCACUUGGCUGUCCGGCUGGGAGACGCUACAGCAGUGGACAUGCUCAUGGCUAAAGGCGCCGAUUGGAGCUUGCAGAACGAGAGAGGAUGGAGCUCCUUGCAAGAGGCCGUGUGUACUCGCCAGGACGCUCUUGCGAUGAUCAUCAUCAAGUACUACCAGCCUCUAGCUUGGGCAAAGUGGUGCCGGCGCUUGCCAAGGAUCAUCGGCUCCAUGACGAGGAUGCGUGACUUUUACAUGGAGGUGACUUUCAACUUCGAGAGCUCCGUGAUCCCGUUCAUCGGCCGCAUUGCUCCAUCCGAUACAUACAAGAUAUGGAAGCGGGGAUCCAACCUCAGGGCGGAUAUGACUCUGGCAGGCUUCGAUGGGUUUUGGAUCCAGCGGUGUGACCAGAGCUUCUUGUUUCUCGGGGACGGGACCCCGGACGGGAAGCUCCCACCAGGCUCGCUUUGUCUACUGAAUCACAAGGAGAAGGAGGUGAUGAACGCGUUGGAGGGGGCCGGAGCUCCACAGUCCGAGAUGGAUAUAGCUCAGGAGGUGGCAGCUAUGUCUAAGACGAAUGUUUACCGUCCGGGGAUUGACGUCACAGGGGCCGAGCUUGUCCCCAACUUGACUUGGAGGAAACAAGAAAAGGUGGAGAUGGUCGGGCAGUGGAAGAGCAAAGUUUAUGACAUGCACCACGUUGUGAUCAGCGUUCGCUCGCGAAGGGUCCCGGGGGCAAUGAGCGACGCCGAGCUGUUUGGCGUGCACGAAGAGAGGGAGGAAGAGGACGAGGAGUAUGACGAUGGAGGGUAUAAGGACUUACUCACAGAAGAUGAGCAACACCAGCUUACGAAUGCGUUACGGGUCCAGAGUGGGGAGUUCGACGACGAGGGGUUUGUGGAGGCUAGAUCAAGCCUUGCGAAUGGUACGCUGGCGGAGGCUCUAGCGGAAGAAGACGAUCACGAGGAACUCAGGCGAGUACCAUCGAAGGAGAAGAAGAAAUGGUUCCGGUUCCCGAAGAAGAACACCACCAGAGACACCACGAAGAAGGUCGUUCCGUACAGGGGUUCUGUUAACAUUGACGAGAGAGGACCAGCUGACAAUGAUCCGGACUCAAAGCUGUUGAGACGGCAUUCGGACUUUAUAGCGGAGGAGGGCAUGUCAAGGAAAGGGAAAGAAAAGAUUGGAAGGCAGAGCAGUAGCAGGGAAGCAGUUCGGUCCAAAGUUCCUGCCAGUGACGACACAGAGAGCGAAUACAAGAAAGGUCUACGUCCAAGUCUGUGGUUAACGAAGGAUUUUCCACUUAAAACGGAAGAGCUCAUACCUCUGCUCGACGUUUUAGCCAGUAAAGUGAAAGCCAUUCGGAGAUUACGGGAGCUACUCACGACAAAGCUUCCGCCAGGAACUUUUCCUGUAAAGAUGGCCAUACCGGUUGUCCCGACAAUCAGAGUGGUCGUGACUUUCAGCAAGUUUGUGGAGCUGGAACCCGAAGAGUUUCACACUCCACUGUCGAGUCCUAGCCAGUUUGAUGACGAAGAGGUUCCUCUGAAGGGACCAAAGGCCCCUCGAGAGUCUUCGUCUACUUCAAGCUCCUGGAUUCCGUGGAUAAGGAGCUCCCAGAGCACAGGGAAGGCGGUGUUCCUGGAGGACCAUCUGAAAGAAGAGCCUGAUCCUUUCCUCAUUCCGGAAGAUUACACUUGGAUUGAUCUCAACGAAAAGAAGAAGCGGAUGAAGGACAAGAAGAGCAAAAGGAAGAAGAACAAGAAGCAGCAGCCUGAUGCAUCAGCUGCGGACACAGACUCUAAUCCUUGAGAGGAACAGAGGAACAAUCACCAUGAUGGUCGCUUUCACGCAGGUUCCAAGCAGCAUUGCGUGCGUUUCGUGUGUAUACCAACUUUGUGUGAAUUCUCAAAACUGGGGCCCGAUUAUUUGAUCCCCGAGCGCA